UUCUCUCUCAUAAACACAAGUUCUGCGUUCACACAAAGUCACGAAUAGAAAAAGGCAAAUCAGAAAGACUUCAUGCACCAGACAAGACCAUCUAUCAAGAUUGUAAAAUUCAAGAUGGUUUCCAAAGAUCAGAGUCAUGAAAUCGAUGUUACCGUUUUGUAUAGAACAGCCCAAUCCCAAAUAUAUAUGUAAGCUAUAAGUCGGGAUAACUAUUGAGCCGCAGGAAGAACAUUGUCCCUAGCAUUUCUGAAGUAAAACUAGCACCGUGUUGGUCUUAACAAAGGAAAAAUCAAGUUGCUUCUCUCAACACAUAUGAUCAAGUAACUACCUGAUUAGUGCAUUGCUGGACACUGCAGCAUCCGCACGAUGUCGCAAACCGCAGUGUCACAAUGUAGGAAUAUGAGUAAUCACAAGCUAGAUUUGCUGACCUGCAUGUGAAUUGAGCUUGGACGAAGCACGUUUCUGCUGUCUGAUAUCAUCUUCAAUCUUCGUACAUUUCCCCAUGGAGCAGGUCAGCUACUACAUGUAGUCUUCGCCCCCACUAGGGUCCACUCGUCGCCGAACAGUCAUCUGCGCUCCUUGAUUAUCAACGAACACAGAUGCAAUAGUGCAUCUGUCAACGGCGAGAAAGAUCAUGUGCAUUUCUCAAAUAAUCAUGCUAUGCCUCUACCAGACUUCAAUGUCUGGGGCCAAAUCAGGCGUCCGGGCUUCUGCCCCACCGUCCAUCCGCGGAUACAAAUAGUGGGGUCGGUGACAUGCAUCCUCGCUUCGAACUGGACUUUGUUCAACACAGUUCAGCUAGCCAUUGAUCUUCCUCGGAACUUUCCCGACACUGAGUAUCUGUACACAAUGUCCACCACGUUCAAUCAUCCCGAUCUUGGCGAGGUAGCAGCGAAGCCUGCAGACGGCGUCCUCCAGUUCCGCGGCCUCAAAUACGCUUCGCUGCAGGACCGGUUCUCCGCUCCUCAACUUCAAGACAGCUAUGACCCAGCUGGAAAACUAGAUGCUACAAGCUUCGGACCUCCUCCCGUCUCACCCAUUGGCGCCAUCAACCAAGAAUUCGGCUUCAUCCAGCAAAGUCUCCCGCUCCCGGAAGUUCCAACCCACUCUGACACCGAAUGCUUGAAUCUCAACAUCACCGUACCGCUUGGUAAAGACGGUGCUGUGCAAUCUGAUGCCAAACUGCCCGUUUACGUGUUUGUCCAUGGCGGUGGGUUCGCGUUUGGAUCGAGCUGGUAUCCCCAUUAUGACGCUGCUGCUUUGGUCCGGCUCUCGGUGGAGAUAGGCAAGCCUGUUAUCGGUGUCACUAUCAACUACCGUUUGGGUGUCAUGGGAUUCUUGACGUCCCAGGAAUUGCGCAAAGCUGGGUACAAGCCCAACAACGGGUUUCAUGAUCAGAGAACCGCGAUGCGCUGGAUCAAGAAGUACAUUGGUGGCUUCGGAGGUGAUGCGGAGCAGAUGACGUCUGUGGGCGAGAGUGCGGGAGGCUUGUCUGUAGCAAUGCUUCUCACGUCCAAAGAGCCCCUCAUGAAGCGCUGCCUUUGCACUGGCGGCGCGCUCACCAUCUUCAAGCCUCUCCCUGAUGCUACCAACGAAGGCGUGUAUCAAAAGGUGGUGGCGGCAUUGGGGCUUGCGGAUAAGUCCCCAGAAGAGCGCGUUCAAGCCUUGCUCAAACUCCCUGUCGACGAUUUGUGGCAAAAAGUGCCACCGGGCACACCUAUUGGUCCCUUUGCGGAUGGCGAGACUAUGCUCGAGAGCCCGACUUUUGCUACUUUUGCAUCCGAGGAUGAAAGCGUGCAGUCGUUGCUCCCAGGGCGCAAGUGGUGUUCUGAUCUUAUGCUCGGAGAUUCCGCAUUAGAUGGCAGCAUCUUCGCCUACGCAGCAUUAGACGCGCAGAACCCCGGCAUCUCUUCCAAAUUCAUCGCCUCGGCCAAAAGAACACUCUCCGCACACCCAAACACCCUCUCCACUCUUCUCGAGUCCUACGGCAUCACCGAAGAGAUGUCAGAUGACGAGGGCCUCGUCGCGAUUCUCCGCUUCAUCUCCGACAUUGCGUUCUACGCCUCGGCACGCGUCUUCGCGCAAGGAUGGCCCAAAACCCCAGACAACAAAGUCUACUUGUACCAUUUCAACGAAGGCAACCCCUGGGACGGACGCUUCAAAGGCGAAGCAGUGCACAUCCUCGACGUAGCGUUCUUGUUCCAGAACUACAACGAUUUGCUGAGCCAAGAGCAAAAGGCCGUUGCGAGGCGGUAUGGCGAAGAUUUCAUCGCGUUUGUGAACGGAGAGGAGCCGUGGGCGCCGGUGAAGAAGGGCAAGUUCAACGCGCGUGUGUAUGGCCCGUCUGGUCAAGGGGUUGGUGCCGAGUACGUGGAGUCUGGAGAGCCGACGUCAGUCGGAAGGAGUGAGCGCGUGUUGAAGCUUGGUGAGGAGGUUGGGUUGGAUACGGUUGGGGAUGUGUUUAUAAAUUUUCUGCAGGGGAGAUAG